AAUCACAUAUCAUAUAAACUAACAAUUCAUUAGAAAACAGAAAAAAAAAAGGAUGGUACACUCUCGUUUUCUAAACCUUGUUUUAGUCCUAGUGACUAUUGCUUCCAUAUUCACCACAUUUGCUGAGGCCAAUAGGGGAUUUGGCUGGGGUUGGGGUGGGGGCUCCAACUAUUCAAGUGGUUCAGGUUCAAACUCGAAGUCCGGAUGGGGUUGGGGCUGGGGUCAUGGCUCCAACAGUUCAAGUGGUUCAGGUUCAACCCCAAGGUCAGGCUGGGGUUGGGGUUGGGGUUGGGGAGGGAUUCCCAACAACACACACAACUCCGGAUCUCCUGGCUCGGGUUGGGGACGGAUUCCCAACAACACACACAACUCAGGAUCUCGCGGCUCGGGUUGGGGCUGGGGCUAUGGAGGUCAUUCAAAAACCUUUAAUGCCACCUACAAUGGACCAAGACAGAUCAUAGUUGGUGGAGACAAAGAGUGGACUUACGGUUUCAAUUACUCCGACUGGGCUUCCAAGACUGCUCCCUUCUUUCUCAAUGACAAACUUGUGUUCAAAUACAACCCACCAGCUCCAUUCACGCACAGCGUCUACUUGCUUCCUGACCCAUCAAGUUUCGAAAAGUGCGACCUAAAGAAAGGCAAAAUGAUUGCGUCCCCGAAGCAAGGGAGUGGAAAUGGCUUUGAGCUUGUUCUAACACAGAUGAAGCCUUACUACAUUGCGUGCGGCGAACACGAAGGUGCACACUGCAACAAUGGUACCAUGAAGUUCACCGUCAUGCCCAUGCUCCCUCGUUGGUAAUUUGGUGAUAAAUCCAAAUCCAAAUCCAAAUCCAAACGUUAGGUUUUAAUUUCGUUGUUGUGUCGUCAAUAAAAUGAGAUUAAUCAUUAUUUAUGUGUGUUAGUAACAUAUUCACGUUUUGUUUUGGA